AUGAAGAGUCCACCCAAUGGGGAAACUUCAGAGGAAGAGAAUAGUGUAGACGACUUGAUGUUGAAGCUUGAUUGGUUGAUACCAGAAUCAGAAAUCCACUAUCAUUUCCAUCUUCCAGUCUCUGGGAAGCUUAGAAACAAGUGCCAGCUGAAUUUGGAGAACCAGGACGAGAAAAAACCAUGGAGCUACUACAGGCCAGGAGACCAUCUUAUUAGUAUGAUCAUCAGUGUGACAAGAAAAUUGCCUACGACUUUGUCCUUCAGCAUGGCUCCUUCUAGACAAUCUCAGUUUACUUUACCUUUUGAUGCCAAGAAGUCAAGAAUCAUAUGCUUCAUUUUCGCCAUUCAAGAGAUCAAUAAGAAAUCCCAGCUCCUUCACAAUCUCACAUUUGGCUACAAUAUCAAUGACAACUCUUUGAGCACCAUUCGCACUUCAGAUGCCUUGCUAGACAUGCUCUCGACUGGAGAAGCCAAUGUUCCCAACUACAGCUGUGGAAAGAAAGAUAACCUUAUAGCUCUUCUUGAUGCAGCUGAUAAUGCCGAAAAAUGCACCAAGUGUCCAGAUGAUAAAUAUCCAAAUGAGGGCCAAGUCCAAUGUAUCCCCAAAGUUGCAACCUUCCUCUCCUAUGGAGAAUAUCUGGGAUUCAUCCUGAUCUCUUUUGCUCUACUUCUGUUCCUAAUCACAGGCCUUGUUUUAGUCAUAUUCCUUAAAUACAGAGAAACUCCCAUUGUCAAAGCCAACAACCGGGAUCUCUCUUACAUCCUUCUGGUCUCCCUCCUGCUUUGCUUCUUGUCUUCUUUUCUCUUCAUUGGUCAACCAAGGAAAGCCACUUGCUUUCUCCGACAAACCAUUUUUGGCAUCAUUUUCUCAGUUGCCAUUUCUUCACUCUUGGCCAAAACAAUCACAGUAAUGCUGGCUUUUCUGGCCACAAAACCAGGAAACCAAGUGAAGAGAUGGUUGGGAAAGAGUUUGGCCAACUCUAUCAUCCUUUCUUGUUCUGCUAUACAAAUUAUCAUCUGCUCCAUCUGGCUGGGAGUUUUUCCACCAUUCCCUCAUUCUGACUUUCACUCCCAACCUGGAGUGAUAAUCCUGCAAUGCAAUGAAGGCUCUGUUGUCAUGUUCUACAUCACCCUCAGCUACAUGGGCUUCCUGGCCACUAUUUGCUUUACAUUGGCUUUCCUGGCCAGGAACCUCCCUGGAGCCUUCAAUGAAACCAAACUGAUCACCUUCAGCAUGCUGGUAUUCUGNUUGUGA